UUGCAUUGGGUCAUACUUAUUAAAUAAAAAUGGCAAAUGCUUCCAUGGAAACAGUUCCGAAAAGUUUACGAAACAUGCGUGCAUGUCUACUCUGUUCUCUGAUAAAGACAAUGGACCAGUUUGAAUACGAUGGAUGUGACAAUUGUGAUGAAUAUUUACAUAUGCGGGGAAAUAGAGACAUGGUAUAUGAUUGUACCAGCUCCUCAUUUGAUGGAAUUAUAUCUAUGAUGGCACCGGAUGAAAGUUGGGUUGCAAAGUGGCAAAGAAUAAAGAAAUUUAGCCCUGGUUGUUAUGCCAUCAGUGUGACUGGUCGAUUACCUUCAAGCAUGAUAAGAGAUUUGAAAGCAAAUGGAGUUGUGUACAGGUCUCGUGACACAAGUCAGAAGGCAACUGAUUAACACAACCUCUGCAUCAUAAACCCACUAAAGAUGUAUUUUGCCUCAAUAAAGAUUAGUGCCCCACUAAUCAGAUAUGAUAUUCCUUGCGAGGAAAAAGCAAACAUUUAAUGUUUAAGUUUAAUCUCGAAAACUUGCAUAAAAUCGGAAACUUGCAUAAAAUACAGUCAUUCUUAAAUUUUUAAAUGCUGGGAACUGUUUUACAUAUUCUGUUGUUAAAUAUACUUGAUGCUUUGUCGUUUUACUUACAUCAUGUUUUAUGUUAGUAUGGAAAUGCGCAGUUUUUAUGAUAAAACGUAGCGGAUGUAUUA